AAAAUUUGAUUGAGAGAGAGUAUAAAAAGCAUUUUGAUUGAGAGAAAAAUGUGAGAAUAUUUAGGGUAUUGUUUGUUCUCUUCUUUAUGAGGAUCCGAAAAAACGCGAAGCUUUCCCCUCUUCUUUUCACUUGUUCAUCUUCAUUACUUGAAAAUGGUUCAGUUCCUGUUGAAACUUUCCAGACUCACAUUUGUCACCUCAACCAAUCUCCAUGGGAUGUAAUCCCCUUUCACUCCAACAACUCAAUCCAGUUCGAUGACGAACACGAUGCUUUCAAAAAUAACCAUUCGUUUGAAGCUUUUCAAAGUGUGGUUUCGAUGAUGGAUACUGAAGAAGUUGAUGAUAAUAAUAAACCUGCGAUAGAGAAUUUUUCUACGAUGAUGAUUGAUGAUAAUCAACGUGGUAAGAAGGUUGUUGAUAAAGCUGCUUUGAGGAGAAUUUCUAGUUGCAAAGAAAUGUAUAAUGGUGGCAGCAUUGUCGGCACACCGGUUCGCCGAGGUAGAGGCCGACCGAAGAAGUCGUCCGGUUCGGGUUCAGGUUCGAAUAAUAAUAAUAUUAAUAAUAAUGAAUAUUAUUAUUAUUCUGGGUUUGGUCCAUUGUGGAGGAAAAGAAGAAGUGAUAAAAAUGGAGAAGAGAAUGAUAAUAGUAGUGGUGGAGGUGUUACUAUUGAAGGAGGGGGUGAGAAUAGUAAUAAUAAUAAUAAUAGUAGUAAUAAUGUUGUUGUUGGUGUUGAUGUUAAUGUUGUUCCUUGUUGUUCGGAGAUGGAUAUUGAGGGAUUAGAUUAUGUUAAUAAUGAUGAUGAAGAAGAGGAUGAUUAUGAUGAUUAUGGUGAUGACAAUGGUAAGAGAAGAAUGAGGAAGCCAGUGAAAGAAAGGUCACUAAAAUCGUUGAUGUGAACAUGUUUUUAUGUAAUAAUGGAUAGGAACUAGCUAGGAAGAAGGGAUAAUAUUAUAUAGUGUAAGAUCGAGGGUUGGGGUUUAAUGUUGUAUGAUGUUUAUUAUUAUUAUUAUCGUAAUUCUGUUGUUGUAAUUUUGGUGAUGCUAGGUUUGAUUCUAUGUAUCUUUCUCCCUUUUCGGAUAUUUAGGGUUAUGUAUGAAAUAAUAAUGCUAUAAUGUUUUUUGUUUCA